GAGACUAGUAUAUAGUUCAAGUCUGUCGUCUCGGUUCACUCAGGCCUGCACUGCAGUAGGAACCGGCAGCUAUGACGUCCCGCAGGUGGUUCCACCCGAACAUCACUGGCAUCGAGGCAGAACAGCUUCUCCUGACGCGAGGUGUCCAUGGCAGCUUCUUGGCUCGUCCAAGCAAGAGCAAUCCAGGGGACUUCACUCUUUCUGUCAGGCGAAAUGAUGAGGUCACCCACAUUAAGAUCCAGAAUUCAGGAGACUACUAUGAUCUGUAUGGCGGGGAGAAGUUUGCCACUCUGGCCGAGCUGGUGCAGUACUACACAGAGCAGCACGACCUACUGCGAGAGAGGAACGGAGAUGUGAUCGAGCUGAAAUACCCACUAAACUGCAAAGAUCCCACUUCUGAAAGGUGGUAUCACGGCCAUCUAUCAGGGAGAGAUGCAGAGAAGCUGCUCACAGAGAAGGGUAAGCCUGGCAGCUUUCUGGUGAGAGAGAGUCAGAGCAAACCUGGAGAUUUUGUGCUGUCUGUUCUUACUAACGAGGAGAAGCAUGAAAACGUGGACCGCAAGACAAAAGUCACCCAUGUUAUGAUACGAUACCAGGAUGGGAAGUAUGACGUGGGUGGAGGAGAGAGGUUUGAUACACUAGCAGACUUGGUUGAGCACUAUAAAAAAAACCCGAUGGUGGAGAAGAGUGGAAUUGUAGUUCACCUCAAACAGCCUUUCAAUGCAACACGGAUAAAUGCUGCCAACAUUGAGAACCGGGUGCGAGAAUUGAACAAGGUGGCAGACAACUCGGAGAAGCCCAAGCAAGGUUUCUGGGAGGAAUUUGAGAUGCUACAGCAGCAGGAAUGUAAACUUCUCUACCCAAGAAAAGAGGGGCAGAGACCAGAAAAUAAAAGCAAAAACAGAUACAAAAACAUUCUACCAUUUGACACCACCCGUGUGACCAUAAGGGAGGCAGAUCCCCACGUACUCUGCUCUGACUACAUCAAUGCUAAUUACAUCAGGAGUAUGCACGAAGAGGAUCGACAUGGGGAUGAAGGGAAGGUGUUCAUUGCUACUCAGGGCUGCCUUCAGAACACAGUAGUAGACUUUUGGAAGAUGGUCUACCAGGAAAACGCACACGUUAUUGUCAUGACAACCAAGGAGAUGGAGCGAGGCAGGAAUAAGUGUGUGCGAUACUGGCCUGAUGCAGGCAUGACAAAAGAGUUUGGAAAUUUGAGUGUGAAGAACCUGAAGGAGCAUGCUGCACAGGACUACAUCCUCAGGGAGCUGGAGGUUACAUGUACAGACCGGAAAGAGCCACUUCGGGAUAUCUGGCACUACCAGUACCUGAGCUGGCCAGACCACGGUGUGCCCAACGAACCAGGAGGGGUUCUCAACUUUCUCGAGCAGGUCAACAGAACUCAGAAUUCCAUUCCAAACACCGGACCGGUCAUAGUGCACUGCAGUGCAGGAAUAGGAAGAACGGGAACAAUCAUUGUAAUCGACAUCCUAAUCGAUAUCAUAAAUAGACAAGGGUUAGACUGUGACAUUGACGUACCAAAGACCAUACAGAGAGUGCGCCAGCAGCGAUCAGGCAUGGUCCAGACUGAAGCCCAGUACAAGUUCAUCUAUAUGGCCGUGCAGCAGUAUAUUGACACAGCACAGAAAAGACUGGAGGAGGAACAGGUACUACCACAAAGAACUAAGACAAAUGAAAGAGAAUACUCCAAUAUCAAGUACCCUCAGAUGACAAAUGCUAGAGCCAAGUCCAACAUGAGCUCACCUCGCACUCCAUCUGUGAUGAACGACAACUCAUCCAGUGUGUACGAGAACGUCAACAUCAAAACUUCGAAGAGCUCCGCCUGCACAAACUCCAGGAGAUAGGGCACAGAGGCUGCUGCCUCACACAGACUAUGUCGUAGGUACUAUGUGCAGGCACUUGGCUGUGGGGCAGCUCCUGAAGGUGGCACUGAGAAGAUGGACGGCUUCGUGUUGAAGACGUCCACGCUGAAGGCCGACAGGCACAGAGAGCGGCUCUUCCACUUCCUCCCGACUGACUGAAUGACUGUCUGUGGGUGUUUCACUUGCAGUUUAAGUGCCUGAUCUGCAGCAAAUAGCCUGAGCACAGCUGCCUCGGUGCUUCUCCCUCCAGUCUGAUAAGCAUGCACAGUCCGCCGCUCAUCUGCUCGACUACUUUCACACAGACGAAGACUGUUCAGUGGAACCAAGUCCUGGUUCCAGCUUUGUCCUGUCCACUCUCUGUAUGCCUGCUGUUAGACCUUGCACUGAAUCCUAUCUGCUGUGUCUAGAGACCUUUGGUAUAUUUCAGAGUAUCUUAAUAGCAGCAGCUUUGCUAGGUGACACAGUGAAUUAUCUGAGUCAGUGACACAAGAACUAUUGAAACAGCUGCUUUAUGGUUACAAAAAAAGAGGAAGGUUGCUAACGAUAUUGUUAGCUAACAGUACAAUUAGAUUGUAGGUGUGCAAGGAAUAAUAUAUACAGCAAGAUUCACAUGUGCCAUUAUGUAUUCUGCAUUUUCUGCUUAUUUAGUUUAAGCAUCUGCUUUGAUACUUCUUUACAGAGCUUUGCCAGCACAGCUCAUAGAGCACUUUUUAUAUAUCUGGGGGCAUGUAACAAUUAUGAAUGGGCUCGUAGACCAAUCAUGCUGACUGCGCAGUCGUUACUUAACUAAACUUUCAUUAGGCAUGUCUUUAAAGCUAAAGGUCUUUUCUAUAUUAUGUAUAGAGCUUUGAGAUGUCAAUGAAAACGUCUGAAUAAUUUGCUGUGGUUUAAUCGAUGAUUUCCUCAGUUGUGAAUGUGAUUUGAAGAUGUUCAGCAGGUUUUAGCAAGCUGAUUUUCAAACAGCUAAGCUUGGUCGAUCUGAUUCUUAUUUGAUUGUAAUUCCACGUGCUCUUCAAAAGAAGAACAUGAAACCUUUUUUAACUGAUGAUCAGGGUGUAAAAGGUGUUAUGAUUAGGUUUUCAGGGAUCUGUUCAGGGAUUGCACUCUAUGUUUCAAAGCUGCAGGUCUGAGAAGGUAUGUGAAGUAUAACGGGUAUUCGGAAGUCAUGACGUUCAGGCAGACGGGGCAAGGCGGUGUAUCGGUGCAGUGCAGACGUAGGCAGGCCAGAUGGCUCCAAGCAGAAGAUUAAAAAAAUAGAUUUGUCUAUAAAAAAAAAAAAAAGCAAUUUGUAAGAUGUCUUUAAUCCAGACAUGAUGAUUAUGGAGUCAGCGUCACUUGUGAUGUCAAGAAGAGUGCUCAUUGAGGUAGGCUGCUCAUAAUGAGGAUUUGUCAAAUGCGCCAGGUUUCGUAGGCUUAAAAUAACUCCGGUUAUAAUGGUUCAGAUUAAUCACUGUCUACCACCAAGAAAGUGGGUUUAACUGAGGGCUAAAUCAGGAGGAUUGUGAUGUCACCCGUGGAAAGGUUGAGACUGCUUCAUUUGAGUGUGACACAAAUCUUGUUCUAACGUCAGUAUAGUUUUAAUAUUUUGUGGUGGAGCUUUAGCCUUAACAGAUUUUCUACUCAGUUAAAAUGGAGCAGUUAUACAAAACGUUUAGCACGUUUUACUCUCAAAGUCUAGGAUAAUAAUAGGUUAUGUUCACUGGUAAUAUUAUUUAUUACACUAAAUUAAUUUACUGUCUUUAUUGUACAUCAAUUACUUAUUAACAGUCCAGGCUUAAAAAGGUUUCCUGAAAGUCUAGGAAUAAUUGUAAAUGAUCUGCAGAAAUAUAAAAUGUUUAUUAACACAGAGUAACAUUAGUGUUAAUGGAAGGAGAUAGCUUAAGCCCUGUGAUGGACUGGCUCCCUGUCCAGGGUAAUUCUUCUCUGCACCCAGUGUGGUUGAUUCAACGUUCUCUGCAACCCAAGUGGGUUUCCAGCUUGGACUGUGAAGAGUAAAAUAAUUUGUUGAUUAGUAAAGACAUUAAAAGCACUUGAGGUGUUGGUUAAGGCAGAAUAUGUUGGGUGAAAAUCAGACCACAUUUAAACUGCUGUUACUGCUUCACCUUGCUGUUUUAAAUCAGCCGCCUUAAAAGCUGUUAGCAUUUCUCACAUGGUAUUUUAUUAGCCUCGGUUCAUGCAUGAUCCAUCAUUAGAAAUUAAUAUAUAAACUCUCUAUAGUAAACUCUUACUAGCCUUGAUUUGGUAAAUUAUGGUGUUAGCUUGCGUAUAAUUAACACUUGACCUGAACCGGGAGAAAACAUUUAUAAUUAUGGGUUUAAAAGUACGUGUGAAGGGAGUUUAUGAGUUAUAUAUUCUGUUGUGUGCUGUUUAAGAGCACGGUCAUCAACAGAAUGAAUUUUUAAGCCAAAAAUGAUGUAGGCAAGCAUGUGUGGGAUUAGCCACAGGGUGGGAUGCAGUGUACUGCUACAAAUCUACUUAUGAAGCUAAAUUAAGAAGGUUUAAGUGUAUUUUCUUGUCCUAUACCACUGAAGGAGGGAAAGGUUUAUUUAUUAAAUCUUAUUUCUACAACUGUUUGUUUCUUCUUGAUAUUGUUUCACCUUGUCACUGUGAAUUGGCUGAGGGGUCAAUCUUCCAAUUCAAAGAAAUGCUGAGAUUCAAUACUUGAAAUUGUGUAUGAACUGCUGUGUCCUGGCUGGAGAAUUGGAGCGUUGUUUGGUUAACGUUUUGCUGUUUUGACAUCACUGUUGAAUGGAUUUUAUUUCUCGAUUAUGAUUUAUUAUUCAGUAGUAUGUGUCGAUUGGAUGAUAAAAUAUCGACAUUUAUUGAUGGCUUUUGUAUGUUUGUUUUAGAAUGCUCCGUCAAGUCAGUGGUGUGUGUUAUUAUAGUUGCAAUGUUAACUAUACUUAGCUAUACCACACAUUGUUUUUUUUUUUAAUUGAGUUAAAUUUUAUGUUGUUGUGUUUUUUUUAACCCAUGUUUAUCACUUGUGGUUGUACUAGGUCAGACCUGAAUUCUGUUAUACUGACCGUGUUUGUGUGAAUACCAUUUUUCCUUUUGCACUGGUUCAGUCUAAAUGCCUUCUGUUCUGGCAACACAGCUGAUGCAAUGACUAUCUCAGUGAUAAUAAACAGACAUGGAAAAUGUA